ACAUGGCUGGAGUCGCACCCAUCCUCCUGUUCCUGUUAAUCCCUGUGGCCCAAACGACCCCCAGAUACGCUCCACCGCUGGCCGGAUCCAAGCGGGAGAUCAUAAUAGACGGAGACCUGGUAAUCGGAGGCCUGUUUCCGGUGCACGAGAAGGGAAAAGGGACCGAGGACUGUGGUAAAAUUAAUGAAGAGCGGGGGAUCCAGAGAUUGGAGGCCAUGUUGCUUGCGCUGGAUGAAAUUAACCAAGACAACCGUAUCUUGCCCGGCUUGAAAUUGGGAGCCCAUAUACUGGACACCUGCUCGAAAGACACGUAUGCACUGGAGCAGUCGCUGGCGUUCGUGAGGGCGUCUCUCACUAAAGUGCAUCAGCCAGGCUUCAUCUGUCCAGACGGGUCAAAUCCUGUGCCGGAUGAACUGCCGCUGGCCAUUUCUGGAGUGAUCGGAGGAUCGUAUAGUGAUGUUUCUAUACAGGUGGCAAACCUUCUUAGACUCUUCCAGAUCCCACAGAUAAGCUAUGCUUCUACUAGCGCCAAGCUCAGCGACAAAUCCCGUUACGAUUAUUUUGCCCGAACUGUGCCCCCAGACUUCUAUCAGGCCAAAGCCAUUGCUGAGAUCCUGCGGUACUUCAACUGGACCUACGUUUCCACUGUAGCCUCAGAGGGUGACUAUGGUGAAACCGGCAUCGAUGCGUUUCAACAAGAAGCCAGAGUACGGCAAAUCUGCAUAGCAACUUCAGUAAAAGUCAGCCGCUCGGUGAACCAAGGAAAUUACGAAACAGUUAUUCGAUCACUUCAGCAGAAAGCCAACGCCAAAGUUGUGAUCCUCUUCACCAGGAGUGAAGAUGCAAGGGAAUUGCUUGCUGCCGCAGCCAGGAUGAAUGUUACCUUCAUUUGGGUGGCCAGCGACGGCUGGGGAGCGCAGGAGAGCGUAGUCCAUGACAGCGAGAAGGCCGCAAAUGGGGCUUUCACCAUUGAGCUUGCUUCGUACUCCAUCAGGGAGUUUGAGGACUAUUUCACCAAGCUAACGCCAGAGUUAAACACAAGGAACCCAUGGUUUAGGGAAUACUGGGAGCAUAACUUUGGUUGUAAUCUACAGGACCACGGUUGUGCCAGUAAAAGCCUGAGAAACGACUUGUUUAAACCAGAAUCAAAGAUCAUGUUUGUGGUGAAUGCAGUCUAUGCUAUGGCCUAUGCCCUACAUAACAUGCGGCAAGCUGUGUGCCCCAAUACCACAAAAGUGUGUGACGCUAUGAAGCCAGGCAAUGGGAAAAGGUUCUACCGGGAGUUUAUUCUCAAGACUAAGUUUGAUGCUCCCUUCAGGCCUGCCGACACUGAGAAUGUGGUACGGUUCACCUCAUUGGGUGACAGUUUGGGCCGCUAUAACAUCUUUCACUACCGCAAAGAGGAUAACAAGUAUGUCUACCGGAAGGUCGGCUAUUGGGCACAGGGCUUAGUGCUCAAUACCAGUCUGGUGCCUUGGGCUGGUGGAGUAGCUCCUACAUCCCAGUGCAGUGACCCGUGCCAACCCAAUGAAGCAAAAAGCAUGCAGCCUGGGGAUGUAUGCUGCUGGAUUUGCAUCCCAUGCCAACCCCACCAAUUUCUCCUCAAUGAAUUCACCUGUGUGGACUGUGGAUUCGGACAAUGGCCCCUCGCUAAUUUGACAGGGUGCUAUGAGCUUCCAGAGGAGUACAUCCACUGGUCGGAUGCAUGGGCUGUGGGACCUGUCACCAUUGCCUGCCUGGGGAUGCUUUGUACACUUGCAGUUGCUGGGCUUUUCUUACGAAGCAAUGACACACCGGUGGUGAAAGCUAGUGGAAGAGAACUGUCUUACAUCCUGUUAUUUGGUGUGCUCCUGUGCUAUGCCAUGACCUUCAUUUACAUAGCCAAACCCUCAGCAUUUGUGUGCGCCCUGCGUCGCCUGGGCCUUGGCACCUCCUUUGCAGUUUGCUACUCUGCUUUGCUGACGAAGACCAACAGGAUUGCUCGGAUCUUUGGUGGGGCAAGAGACAGCGCCCAACGACCACGCUUCAUAAGCCCUGCCUCUCAGGUAGCAAUCUGCGCUGCAUUGAUCUCUGCCCAGCUCUUGGUGGCUCUCGUCUGGCUGCUUGUAGAGGCGCCGGGGGUCAGGAAAGAAGUGGGUCCAGAUCGGAGAGAUGUGGUGACUCUGAAAUGCAACAGUCUAGACUCGAGCAUGCUGGUGUCGCUCAGCUACAACUGCAUCCUCAUCAUCCUCUGCACAUUCUAUGCCUUCAAGACCAGGAAGUGUCCAGAGAACUUCAAUGAGGCCAAGUUUAUCGGUUUCACCAUGUACACCACCUGCAUCAUCUGGCUGGCCUUCCAGCCCAUCUUCUAUGUCACUGCCAGUGACUACAGAGUGCAGACCACCACCAUGUGCAUCUCGGUCAGUCUGAGCGGCUCUGUGGUGCUCGGCUGCCUUUUUGCUCCCAAGAUUCACAUCAUCCUUUUCCAGCCGCAGAAAAACGUGACCAGUCUGAGGGCCAAAGACAACCGAUUCUCCUCGGCGGUCACUGCGCCGAGCUCCACCUACUCACAAGCUUCAGCCUCUACUAUAGUGCCAACGGUGUGUAAUGGCCGAGAAGUGGUGGACUCAACGACGUCAUCAUUGUGAAGAUGAAUUGUGGGCCAAUUUUAUAUCCCGUCAUCAC